AGGACAAGAGGAGACGAGCUGAUAGAUGCAUCGUCGGUGCGCCGCCUUCGCCACACAGUGCCUCGUUCUUUCCACACCACCGCUCUUUAUGACUUACACUAUUAUUUGACGCAUUACCGCUCGUCUCUCUCUCUCUCUCAUACCAACAGCUCUAAUUCCUCGCAGACUGUCUCACUCCGUCGACUCUGCAUUAGCCAUUCACCUCUCCCUCAAUGUAUAUAUAUUUAUAUAUCAACAACACAAUAGUCGAGCGCGGUGACCGUUUUCAUCUUCACUUUCAGCUUCUCUUUCGGUAUCUGUGUUUACAAUUGGGGUGCGUCAACACGUUCCGCGCCAGCUUUUCUCCGUCUGCGCGUUUCCUCUCCAGCGGCUGUCACUGCACCGUCUUUCCUCGCUUUGCCCUUGGCUUUUUUGUGUUUGUUUCUUCUGCUUCACCAUUCUCUUCCCGUUCUCUUUCCGCUUUUUUUAUAAAGAACUUUUUUCUGUCGUACUUCCAAAGGGCUCAGAUCUUUGCUGCAAACUUCUGUACUUUGUAGACGUACGGAGAGCAAGAAGGCCCUUCAAAGAAACAGCUUCCUUUGCCUCCUCACUUUUUGAUCUACAUGCGGUGGCGUGCGGUGGUCCGUUUGCUCCAGCACCCACGUACCCAGUUGAAGACCACGCUCUCUCCGAGUGCUCUCCGCUCAACUGCUCGUUCUGCCCAGCCUCCUCUCCUCCUUGACGGGUCCGCCUUUUCUCGUGUGUUGUUGUGCGUCGGGCGGUCUUUCGCUGUCGUGAUUUAUCCUCCUCUCUUUUGUGUUUCUCUGUCGCCGUACUCCUGUGGGAGUUCGUCUUUCAUCGUCUCUGUGUGUGUACUUGCUUUUCCUCAUUCACCGCAAUCCAUUUUUCAUAGUAAACGGUCUACAAGCUUUCUGUCCUUCCUUUUGCGCGCAUUCACGGAUUGCUUCCCCGAAAGAAAUCUUCUUUCUUUCUUUCUGAGCCCGUGCCUGGUGCCGAACGUUUCCCUCUCGCAAUUCCUUUUAUUUUAGUUUUCGAAACUUAAUAUUUGCACCGGUGCAGUCUCGCAAACGCCGUGCAGUGAGGGAACACACUGUUGUGUAGCAAUAGAGCUGCGCCGGGGCUGACGUUGGGCCGCUGCGUAUACCACGGCGGUUCGCAACGCGUAUACACCCGCUCGCACAACGUUGUGUUCCACGACCUCUUUUCUUUUUCCGGCUUUAUUUUGAAGGGUCUUUGUGGUUUUUCGUAGAAAUUGCGGUGAAGCUUUGUUUUUUUUUUUGGGGGAGGGGUAGUGUCGAAGGUCACCGCGCGUUCCGUAUUCCUGUCCUUCUUCCUUUUAUUUCCCUGUCCUCGUUGCAUCGACUUUUGUUAGCUCCUUCUCCGCUUCUAUCGGAACACGAUGGAGGAGCGCGAUGAAGUGCACGGUCUGCUUCAUCGUGCGGCGGCGGCCGCUUCCACAAACCCGAGACGGAGAGACAGCGCCGUGACGUGGAGUGCUACCUCCACGCUGGGCAGCUCGCCCUCUGCGGUGAGCACCGUGACCAUCGCACGUCACACCACGACAGCUUCGCCGCAUGACAGCGCCAAGAGUAAUAAAACAACGUCGUCCACGAUGGCGAACCGGCCGGAGGUCAUCGUCCCUCCUCCCACCAGCGUAUCGGCAGCUAUCAGUCUUUUAAACCAAAAAUACGAGUCAAGCGUGGAGCGGGGGAGCACGAGGCUGCCGAGGAGAACCAGCGCACGUCUCGAUCAGGGAGCGAGAGAGGAGAGCACCACCAGCAGCACUUCUACCCCGUCAAUGAGACCGGCAUCGUCGGUGCAGCAGGACCUCGCGCCGACGCCUGUCGCGGACCGCGCCGCUGAUGCGACCGCUGUUGCUGCUGCAGUGAUGUCGAUACCAGCAAGUGCGCCUGCGAGUUUCACCGGCCGCGCGCGACGCCACACCUAUCCAAAGCUUCUCAGCGGUGGAGAAGAAGACGGCAGCGGCCCAACCGCCAAAACAGCCGCAGAGGUGUCGGUGGACACGAAGCCGCGAAGCUUCUCUGUGCGCGACAAUAGCGUGAAAGCCGCUGAACCGGCGAAGGGCACGGGGUGGACGUCGCCGUCGCUGGCGCCGGAGAGGCGGCGAGCACUCCAGGACCCCCUCACAUUUCCCCCUAUCCUCGGCGUGAGUGACCACGCCCGCACGCCGACACCAACGGCGGACACGCCGAUCGAGGAGAAACAGCGCGUAAAGAUCUUGCCAGCUGAAGCAACGAAGGCGACGACGGCCACGACGGCCACGACCACGGCGGCGACCGCAGCAGAUCCGGAACAGUCCGUCAACGACAGCCGGCGAGAGACGCAGAGCGCACGAAAGGUGUUGAAGUUUGCGGAACUCAACUCCGUCUCGCUGCCCUCGUCGAGGGAGUCGCGCAGUGCUGCCGGCAUUUCGAGCAGCUGCGUUGCUUCCCGGCAGUCCUUGCCACCCCUCUCACCGCACGCGACGUGCGCGGAGUUGCCGCGCAUCACCGUCGCGGCCCGCUCGCAGCGGUCAUCUUCGCCGCCGCUGCUGGUGUCGGGGGAGGAGAAGGAGCAGGAAUCCAACGAUGCCGCAAGGGCGGUCGAGUCGACGGCGGAGCUAUCGACACCUUCUGCCCCGUCACUGCCAAGGUGUCAAAACGUCCGCCAAAGGAACAGCGUUGGAAAUGAAGAGGUGGAGGACCGCACCACUGGGGCUGUUGUGGAUGCAGCCGCCGCAGCGUCACCUCCUCAUCCAUUCCCCACGCUGGGCACUCACAUACCCCUCUCGUCAUCGCCGCCGCGGCAGCCGUCUUUCGCACCCCGUGCGCUGCAGCCGGGGCCGUGCACCGUCGCGGACGCGUCGGCGCCGGAGUACUACAUGGGUGUAAACUUCAGUCUAGCAGAGGGGACGGAGGCAUCGGUCGAGAAGGAAAGCGGUAACGCGACGCCAUUCAAGGUGUCGUCUCCUGCGAAGGACGUGAAGGACCAGCCGUUUGUCACACGGCCGUCGCUGUUGGGCGCUGAGGCGGCACCGGCGGCCCAACCCUCUCACAGGUCUGCGCGAGACGGGAGCAGAGUGGCUGCGCCCGUUACUCUCCCUGGUAUCCCCACCGCACCUUCCUCCCCCGCCUCGUCCUCGUCGUCUCCGCGGCGGGAGUCGGACGGGCGGAGGACCGCCAUGCGUGGAAGCAAAACCAGCAUGGCCUCCUUCUCGCUCUUUCCUCCGCCCCUCGUAGCACGCUCAGCGAGAUCUACCUCGUCCACCGCGCGGGCGUCGGCGGAGCUGACGCAGCCCUUUCGGCGCAGGCGGGCCCGACUUAGAGAAGAGAAAGCCACACGAGACGUGUCCACCAGUGCCUUUGAGGCGAAGUCGCGACGUUGGCGAAUCGCUUCUCCCGAGCGCGCACACCGUGCGAGAAGAGAAGGUAGCGACGCCCGGCAGUCGUCGGAUGCGCAGCGAAGCGACAAGCCGCUUUCCUCCUCCUCUUCCCAAGACGUUAUGGACUCCUACACCAAGCUGCUGUACUUGGGCUGGUCCUGCGUCUCUGGGGACGGCGCGAACAGCGCCGCAGUCGCGAAGGAUGGCCACGGCAGGGAGAAAAACAACGGUGAUGCGUUGAAAGAGGCGGAGGACGACUCUGUGAAAGUGGACGGCCUCGCAAGCGACACCGAAGGCCACGGCGCUCGUGGCCGAGGCAGCGUGGGGGAGCCGAGUUUCGAGAACUCGCGCAGCGUGGUGGAACUGACAAGCAUCGUGGCGAGUGCGCCAUUGAGCAACAGCGGGGACAACGAUGAUGGUGGUGAUGAUGAGGAUGAAUACGGUGGUAGUGGUCACAGUACGACUUCUCCAGUGAGGCACAACCACACGUGGCGGGACCACGCCACCACCUUCGCCCCUUCGCCUGCCGUCGCGACGCUGCCGCUAAGAAAGCCACAACAGAAGCGGCACGAGCGUCGGGUGUUCCUUGCCAGCUCCGACGGCGACGGCGUGCCGCAACGGGACCCCGCGAUGGGACACUCUUCGCCUCGUGUGAUGACCAGCGUGGCAGCCGAGAAGUCCAUUAACAGCAGUGCGAGUUUCUCUGCGUACUACACCGCGGCAACAGCUUCGACUGAUUCGUCUCCGCGGUCUCGACUUGGUGAGGUGAGCGCGGAAGUGGCGGCUGGGUUGCGCCAACCUCAGCAGCAGCAUCAGCAGCAGCAGCGCCGCUAUCCUAGCUUCCCGUCGCCGCACGACAGCGAUAGCGUUGCGCUGUCUUUUCUCGAGAGAAGUGUCUCAGAUGUGGCGAGUGCGUCCGACAGAAGCGACGCCGCGGAGGCGCCAGAGGAUGACGCCCACCAGGCCAACUCUUUUUCUAUCGGGAGCGACUUCGCCGACUUCGAACAGGCGGCGCUCGAUCGUUGCAACUACGAGUCGCUCUGGAGCUGCUCGGGAUCUGACUCAGAGGAGAGCAGCGGUCACAGCAACGAUGGCCGCAGCGCUGACGAGGGCGAGACGAAAACGAUUCUGAAGGCAGCGCACGAGAGCGAAUCAGCCGGCGAAGGCGCGCUCGCCGACUCGGAUGAGGGGCGCCGCCGUCGCCUCCUCCCCGUCAGCAACUUCCGCCACUACUACAUCCCGGAAGGCUACAUCACGGAGAGUCGCAUCAGCGCCACCUACAAGGUGCGAGAGCGGUGUACACGCCGCCACUUCGCGGCGACGUUUGUGCUGCACGAUCCCGGCGACUGCGGUGACGCAGCGGUAGAGGCGGCGGGCACGACGCCGCCGCAGCCGUCGCAGCUCAUGUCGCUCGAUCUCCUACGCUUCUGCGCGAUGUCGCUGCUGCUGCAGCAUCCGAACCUGAUCCAAACCUUCGACGUCUUCUACCGCACGGCGCAGGACGCGGAGCAGCUGCACAACCUCGUGCACGCCUGCACCGGCGCGGGCGGGGACGCGGUGCUGACGUGGACGCCGCAGAUUGAGAAGCCGUCGCGGCACGUCCGGUCUCGCCCGACGGUGUCGUUACGGCUGCCCGCCGUCCCGGUCGCUGCGUCGGUGGCGUCGCCACAGCGCUCCACCACUUCCGCCGUGUCGGUGGUCCCACCCGGCAGCGUUGCCCGCCGCAGCAGCUCCCUGCACAGCGUGGAGGAGAGCCACCGAAGCCGCGAGUCGCCGCAGGCAAGGAAGUCAAGGAAGAAACGCGAGGGCGAAGAAAGGGCGAAGAAAUGCCGCAGCCCGACGACGCCGAAGAGCGCCGGGCAGUACGGCAGCGGUCACCGCCUUCUUCGUCUGCUUCCCUCUCUAUUCGGCAGCGGUUGUGGCAGCAGCGAAAACAGUAGUAAGUCCACCUCCCCUUCCAAAGGGAAUGCUUGUCGAGGCAACUCGGCGAAGAAGGAGGAGGGAGACGGCACUGUCAAAGGCAACUCGAGCAGCGGCACCGUCCCGGGCUUUCAGUGGCCCGCUGAGGUCGCAGCCGAGCUCGCCAGUCGGGAGCGCCGUGUCGCCGAACUGCGUGGAAGUCGCACGAGCGAAGGCCGCGCGAAGGCCGCAGAGCGCCGCGCGCGAAUCGAGCGCUUGGCCAUCCUUUUAGUGAGUGGUCGGGUGGUGACGGUGCUGAUCUCAGAGUUGGUGCAGGACGACGACACCGUGCAGGCCCCCGCGUCGCUCUGGGAGGCGGCGCAGCGCGGUCGGGGUCUGCCGGAGACGCAGCUGAUGGCGGUGACGCGCGGCAUUGCAGAUGCCCUCCACUAUUUGCACUCCUUCCGCGCACCGUGCCUCGCCAUUGUCCACGGCGCGGUGGAGCCGUGUAACGUCGUGUUGGACACAAACGGCGUGGUGAAGCUCGUGAACUACGCUAGCAUGCACUGGUGCCUCUUCGAGGGCGAGGGGGGGAAGUCGCCCGGGAAGAACCGCAAUAGCGCGACGCGUGGGCGGUCGAACGCACAGGACCUGCAGCAACUGCUGAAGGGCUCGUCGCACGCCUCGCGCAUGCAGGAGACGGCGGCGGACAUGUAUGGCCUAGGCCGCUCGCUCUUGACGCUCUCCUCCGGUAUUCCCCUUAGCUCCGUGGGGCGUCUCUUCGUCACCAACGCCUUUCUGGUCUCUAACCCGUCUCUGCAGUCGCUGCUGCGCGGUUUGCUGGCGGAGAAGCCCGCGGCGCGCAUGACAGCCGAGGCGGUGCUGCGCCAUCCUUUUGUGUCGUCCCUCGCCUCGUCACCGCCGUCGUCGGGCAGCGUGCAGAAGUUGUGA